UGUGGCACCCACGUGGUGUUCAAAUGAUUAUGCAAGUGUUUAUAAGAGGUAUUUAGUGCAGUCUGUUACUGUGAGUCAUGGAUCUGGUGUCUAAAAUCAAGCUAUCUUCAGACCACGACGCUACAUCUUAUGACCUAAGACAUAUUCGUGAGCAACUCCGUGACCAAUUUAUAGAGGAGGCGACCAGCAGCUGGCGUGUGGUUCAUACGACUAGUCGCUUCAAUCGACGUGUUACUUGUAUUGAGUGGCACGAGACAUAUCCUCAUAUGGUAGCGUUUGGGUCUCAUGCUGGAGACAUUCAUCUUUGUGACACUACUAACAAUAAGAAUGACAUAUUUUAUAAAGGGGUUGGUUUUGGCCAUGGAUCUAUUACACACAUGACUUUUAGUCGGAGGAAUCCAUUGCACAUAUACACAACUGCUGUGGAUGGUGUAUUUGCAAAGAAAGAUCUUGAAGGGAAACGUAGUGAAGUAUAUUUAGAUACAAUGGACUACAAGUUUUGGUGGACCAGUUUUGGUAUAUCAGAAGGUGUAAUGUUUGUUGGAGGUAACACUGGUAAUGCUGUCCUGCUUGACUCUGCUGGAGAAACAAUUUAUACUUAUCAUCGGUUUCACAAAGGAAAGAUUCAGCAUGCCGAGUUCUGCCCAGCAUCGGAGAACAUUCUAGUAACAUCUUCCAAUGACAAAACAGCUACUCUGUGGGAUCUCAGAACAUGGGGUGACUCUGAGUCCCCUAAACCAUACGCUAUUCUAAAACAUGAAGCACCUGUUAAUUCAGCAUAUUUUGAUCCGAUUCAUAGCAGCAGAUUAUUAACAACGGCACAGAACAAUAAAAUCCGUGUCUAUGAUUCACACAAUUGGGAUGCACCCAGACUCACCAUGACUCAUCCUCAUCGUCAGUUCCAACACAUGACACACAUUAAGGCUACCUGGCAUCCUUUCUAUGAGGAUUUAUGUGUAAUAGGAAGAUACCCUAACAGUGAGGAUACCAAUAAGAAAAGGUGUGUGGACAUUAUUGAUUUAAAGAAAGGAGUUGUUGCUGGUCAAUUGUAUGAUCCUAGUAUGGCACAGAUUAUGACUGUAAAUCAAUUCAACAGGUUUGGUGAUAUGCUUGCGACUGGAAUGGGCUGUAAUGCAUUGCUAUGGAGUAAGCAAUCUCCAGGUUGUUGUCAAAAAGACAAGUCAAUGUUUGAUGGAGAUGUUCCCCUUCCUAACGCUAAUAGAUCACAGCGGAAUAAUUCUAGAUCAUCAAACAAUAAUAGAUCUAAUGAUAAAAACAACAGGAAGAGAAAAGGAGAUACUGAUACCUGUACUAAAUCAAAGUAUUUUAAGAAGAAGAAACUACAACAAUAAAUUAAUGUUGUCUAACCUAAACAAACAUAAUAUACAUGUCUCAUUAUUUAUUCAAUUAUUGUAUACCACCAUGUACUUUGUGUAAAUGUGCAUAACAGUCUUGUUCAUUAUCAAAUGGUUUCGUACAUACCCA